AUGGGGGAGCCCGGGCAGCCGCAGGGGGCACAGCCGCCCCCUUCCUCCUGUGCCCAGGCCCAGCGGGACCUUCCGUCCCGGCACCCCGCAGUGCUGGCCCAGAGCCGGGACAUGACCCAGGGCAGCAGCCGACCCUGCCCCCCCGCAGCGGGGCCCAUCCCCUUUGGCUGCCCAUCCCGUGUGGACAUCUGCAACUUCACCUACGGCCCAACGGUGCUGCCGACUCCCCCAUCACUUUUCCCCCCUGAGGACCCCCGCCACCAGGGCCCGGGAGAGCCCCCAGCCUCGCUGGACAGGCAGCAGGGCCCCAUCUUCCGCCUUCCUCUCCGCCGGCCGCCCCCGCACCUCGGGAAGGAUUUCAGUCUGAAGGAUGUCUCCAAACGUCCACUGGAUGCCCCCAGGCACAGCUUCCGGCCACGCAGCCAGACGCUGCCGGCACCGGGCUUGGUGGACAUCUGGGCCGAUCCCAGUGACCAUCAGUGCAAGGGGACCGUCACCCACUUCCGGAUGAGUAAGCUGCGUCUCCCAAAAGCUCAGGGAGGCCUCCAGGUGCCGCUGCCCGAGGGGGAGGGCGGUCAGCCCGCGGGGGCGGGUGGGGCGGUCAGCCCGCAGGCCAGGCUACAGGCAGGCGGCGUCCCUGUGCUCGUGGGGCUGAUGGCCCGGCAGAGAGGUGACGGUCCAGAGGAAAGGGGCCUGGACCAGCCGGCCCCAGGCCCUGGGAACCUGCCCGCCUGCCCCCCCCCACCCCCACCACCAGGGGAAGCUGCUCACGAGGCGUGGGGCCCAUCUGUGGAAGCAAAUUCCCAGCUGGCCUGCACCCGGCCCAGGUCUCCGCCCAUCAGCUUUUCCUGCCCUGCUCCCCACAACUGCAGCCCCAGCCCUGGGUACCUGGGGUCCCCGGGACCUGGAGUCUGUGAUUCCCCUCGCGCAAGCCCUGCAGCCCCGCAGCUUGGUGCCUGGCUCCUGGCGGCGUCUUCCUUCUACGUUGAGUAA